GUGUACCACAGACGGACCAUUCGUGCAAAGUGCAAAGAAGUCCGUCUCAGCGAUAACGGAUUAAAUCAUAGCCUGUAUAAACUACUGAAAGCGACAAUAUAAGGUUGUCACAUAUUUUAUUUAACCGUCUUUAUUUUCGACAAUGGCUUCACGCUCGCCAUCGUCUUCCCCUGAUUCUGCCACAGGCUCAGGUACCGACCCAGCUCGGCCUGAUACAGGAGAUCCUCUCGGCGGAGGAUCGGACUCCGAUUCAGAUCUAGGAUUAGGGAAAUUCGACUGUGGUGCAGGUGACCCUGGUCAUCGACUGGAAGGGGAGGAAUUGGAACACGAAUUUGAGGCAGCAGCAGACCGUCUUCGAGAUCUACUUCAGACGGCCAGCAGGGAACAACUGUUGUACCUGUAUGCUAGGUAUAAACAGGUCAAGGUUGGAAAGUGCAAUACAGCAAAGCCUGGGUUUUUCGAUUUUGAAGGUCAAAGAAAAUGGACAGCAUGGAAGCAGCUUGAGGACAUGAGUGCAGAGCAGGCCAUGCAGGAGUACGUUUCGUGUGUAACUUCACUAGACCCAGACAGCAGUCAGAAGGAGAGAAGAGAGCGUAGGACAGGAUUUGGAGGUCCAACAGUCAGUUCCCUCUACCAAGAAGAGAUGAUCAGGGAAGAAGACAAGAACAUCUUUGACUACUGCAGAGAGAACAACAUAGCACACAUUACCACAGCUAUCAGUUCCAAGGAAGUGGAUGUCAACGCAAAAGAUGAGGAGGGCAGGAAUUUGCUGCACUGGGCCUGUGACAGAGGACACAAAUACCUGGUGUCUGUGUUACUGCAGAACAGCGCUGAUAUCAACAGCCAGGAUGACGAGGGCCAGACAGCACUGCAUUAUGCGUCUGCGUGUGAGUUUGCUGACAUAGUGGAGCUGCUCCUACAGGCUGGGGCAGACCCUUCCAUUAAGGACCAGGAGGGCUCUCUGCCCGAGGAGGUCACUGAAUCCAGCUCCAUCUCCUCACUGCUGCGCCAGUACACCGCCUCCAAGGGCUAGGCCCUCCUCUCCCUCUCCUCCCCUCCAGCCUGUGCCCACCCCAGACCUAGCACACAGCCCUCUCAGUAAUGAUGAUGAUGUUUUUUAUUGUCACAUACACCGGAUAGGUGCAAUGGUCAUCCCACUCUGGCAGUUCAACCCGCCACCACUUCAUCGUCUCUCAUGUCAAAUUCCAAGGAAUCCAUCUGUCAUCAUUGCUAUUAAAAAAAAAUAAAGAAAUGUCAACCAAAAA